UAGUCAGCGAGCAUUUUUACAAGAACUUUUAAUUUGUUAAUUUUGAAUGGAUACGUAAAGGGGCAGUGGAGAAAUUAACGUAGAGCGUUUAAGAAAUUGCCCAAGACAUGUCUAAUUUAAUGCAGCAAGCUCUGCCUUUGGCAACGAGUCGCACGCCACUCCUACAGUUCCUGCGCUUUCGCGGCAAGAUCAACAUUCAAAAGCCCCGAGCGCCGCAUUAUGAACGGGCACGUGUCAUUGCCGUUACGACGCCAAAAUACCCAGACCCACCAAAAGCUAUCACCUGCUUCAAAAAGCGCACUCAGGCCCAGCCAGAGAAUCCCUACAAUGAUAUAAUUGCGCGCGAGGUGCGCAAUUGGCUGGAACACUCCAGCAUGGUGGCCAUAUUCCACCUAAACUCCAUCACAGCCGAUGAACUCUAUGCAGUACGGGUGCAGCUCUUCAAACAAAACAUGCACCUGAAGUCGUACGGUCGCAAAAUUAUCGCUAACGCAGUGGGCGACACACGCUUCGAGGCAAUACUGCCGUUGUUUCACUCCAAUCACUGCAUUGUAUUCUCGGCGGACCAACGUGUGGGGACCUUGCUGCGGCUUACGCGUAAGGUGCCGCAAAUGGUGCUUUUAGGCGGCAUUGUAGAGAACACGCUUCUUAGUCGCAACGAACUUGUGGCGUAUUCCCAACUGCCUAAUCUGCAGUCGGCGCAGGCGGAACUUGUGCAAACCUUGAACAUGGCUGCUGGAAAUCUUGUGCAGCAGUUGCAGACACAUCAACAAAACUUUGUUAAUGUACUCGAUGUCCAUGCCAAGGGUGUCGAGCAAUCGACUGAAGCGGAUACCUCAAAGCAGUCGGAUAAAUAAUUGUGAUUGUUAAUAACAAUAUAACAGGAAAAAAUA